CGUGCGCAGACACUGGAGGAGCCAGAGCGUGCGCAGACACUGGAGGAGCCAGAGCGUGCGCAGACACUGGAGGAGCCAGAGCGUGCGCAAACAUUGGAGGAGCCAGAGCGUGCGCAGACACUGGAGGAGCCAGAGCGUGCGCAGACACUGGAGGAGCCAGAGCGUGCGCAGACACUGGAGGAGCCAGUGCCAGUGUACAAGUGACUGCUGGUUGCAUAAUGUGUAAUUCUGCAGCCAAGGGAUCAUUUUCAACUCCCCAGUCUUUAGUGAUUGAAAAGCCUCUUUCCAGGGACUUGUGUGUGAGCCGGAAUUCUUUUCUUUUUUUUCACCUUCUUGCACUAUUCUGAAUGGCCUGUGGAGGGAGCCAUAUUUCAGCAGAUUCACAGUGGAGAAUCUAAAGAUGGUGUUCCUUCAUCCACCCCCACACCAGAGCGGGCCCCAUGAUCACUGCUUCGUUUGAAUCUGUUCUCAUUCUGGCCUCUGUCCAAAACCACACCUACUGCAGCCUGAGAAGCAGGAAAUUCCACCGACUCUCACACAGAAAAGAGGAAAUGAAACUGAAUCCUAUCAGUGUGUGUUGUAAAAUGGCAGAAGCCUGCGUGGAGGUGAAUCAGAAUGAGUUCAGCUGUCCGAUCUGUUUGGAUCUACUGGAGGAUCCAGUGACUGUUCCCUGUGGACACAGUUACUGUAUGAGCUGCAUUACGAGAUGCUGGGACCAGGAGGAUCAUGCUGGAGUUUACAGAUGUCCCCAGUGCAGAAAAACCUUCAAGCGCAGACCUGUUCUGGGCAGAAAUACCAUACUGGCUGAAAUGGUGGAGAAACUGAAGAAGGCUGCACAACAUCCAGCUACUCCUACUGACCAUUAUGCUGGACCUGGAGAUGUGGAGUGUGACGUCUGUACUGGGAAAAAACGCAAAGCUGUAAAUUCCUGCCUGGUGUGUCUGGUCUCUUACUGUGAAACUCACCUCCAGCCUCACUAUGAAUCUCCAGCUUUUAAGAAGCACAAGCUGACUGAUACCACUGGACAUCUGCAGGACAAGCUCUGUUCCCAGCAUGACAAACCUCUGGAGCUCUACUGCCGUACCGACCAGCAGUGUAUCUGUAAUCUCUGUAUGAUGUAUGAACACAAAGGCCAUGAUACAGUCUCAGCUGCUGUAGGAAAGGAGGAGAUGCAGACACAAAUGGAUGAAACACAGAAGGAAAUUCAGCAGAGAAUCCAGAUGAGAGAGAAGGAGCUACAGGAACUGAGAGAGGCUGCGGGCUCCAUCACAAGCUCAGCACAGAAGGCAGUGGAGGACAGCGAGAAGAUCUUCACUGAGAUGAUCCACUCCAUUGAGAGAAGACGCUCUGAGGUGACAGAGCUGAUCAGAGAUCAGGAGAAGGCUGCAGUGAGUCAGACUGAAGGACACAUGAAGAGACUGGAGCAGGAGAUCGAUGAACUGAAGAGGAGACACUCUGAGCUGGAGCAGCUUUCAGUCACAGAGGAUCACAUCCAUUUCCUCCAGAGGUGCCAGAGUCUUCAUGUUGUCCCUGAAGCUGGAUUUGGACCCAAAAUCUCAGUGAAUUCAUGCUAUUAUUUUGGGAAUGUGAAGAAGGUGGUUUCUGAUCUGAAGGACCAACUGGAGAAGGUUUUCAAAACAAGAUCAGCAGAGAUCAAGGAUGCAGUUACUAAAGACACCGUCCUACCAGUAUUAGUGCCCAGGACCAGAGCAAAAUUUUUACAAUAUUCCUGUCGGCUCACUCUGGACCCCAACACAGCAAACAGAAACCUUCAUCUGUCUGAGGGGAACAGAGUGGUGACAUGGAAGAGAGAGACACAGUUAUAUCCUGAUCACUGGAAGAGGUUUGAUGGGCAUGACCAAGUGCUGUGUACAGAGGGUCUGACUGGGCGCUGCUACUGGGAGGUUGAGUGGAACAGGGAUGGGGUCGGUAUAGGCGUCACAUAUAAAGGGAUCAGCAGGAAAGGAGCGGGUGAUGACAGCGCACUUGGAAACAAUGACAAGUCCUGGUGUUUGAACUGUGAUCUUGAUAGUUACUCAUUUUGGCACAAUAAUAAGUACACUGCGGUAUCCGGCCCCCGCUCCUCCAGGAUAGGGGUGUACCUGGACCACAGGGCAGGAACUCUGUCCUUCUACAGCAUGUCUGGCAAAAUGACCCUCCUGUACAUGGUCCAGACCACGUUCACUGAGCCCCUCUAUCCUGGGUUUUCAUUUAGGUAUUAUAGAUGUGAAUAUUCAGUAAAGCUGAGUGAUAUCUAAUGAAAAUUAGUUAAACGUCUAAGAUCAGAUUAAAGCAAAUUGGCUACAAAGAAAUACAUUUCAUUCAUUUACAACAAAUAACCAGUUUUUGUUAAGAAAAGCUUUCAUGAACUUGCUAUAAAGUAAAAAUAUAAAAAAACGAUAACACUACUUGAGGGGGCACAAAUACUUAGUAGUAACUCAGUAACUACUGAAGUACAAAUCAUAAACAAAUACAGUAGCUACCUCAGAUAGAUGCAUCAGCAUUCAUUAAUAAUGAACAAACAUCAGUAUUUCACUUGUGUUAAUCAUUACUUGAUCCUUUGGUAGUUCCUUUGGUAAUUCCAUCAGUAGUUUACAAAGGUUUACAGAAUUAACAUAUUCGUAACAAAUAUAGUAACUGCUUGGGAUAAUGAUUAACAAACACAAGAUCAGUAUAUAACUAAGACUUAGUUUGUGUUUAAUAAAAUACAUAAGUAAUAGCAUAAUACAACAUUAUGUAUGCCCCCUUAAGUAAAGUGUUACCAAAAACAUCUAGAGAGAUGUCUUAAGAAUGACGUAUGAUUUCCGGUUUGAGGGCAGUGGGCACAAGCAUUUCAACUUUCCAUUGCCAGUCAGUCAAAAUGACGUUAUACAUGCAAUGUCUUCAGGAUCUUUCAAAGAUAACGAUCGGUUAUGUUCACAGCAUCAUUCAAGCUGCAAUCUGUCAUUAGCAGGUUUUUUUCGUUGUUAUUUUUUCAUUCAGAUUGCUACUUUGUUGUAAAAUGUACACUAUAUGAACAAAAGUACUGACACACCUCUUAACUGUUGAAAUUAGGUGUUUUAUUCAAACCCCUUGACACAGGUAUAUAAAACCAAGCCCCUAGCCAUCCAUUUGUGACAAAAGCCACUUUUGUGAAUUCAAGAAAUAAAGAAUCAAAGCAUGAUACUCCCAUAGGAUGCCACCUUUGCAAUUGUUCAGUUCAUUAAAUUUCUUCCCUGCUAGAUAUUCCACAAUCAACUGUAAGUGGUAUUAUUGCAAAAUGGAAGCACUUUGGCACAACAGAGACUUUGAUAAACCCCUUGUUAAGUUAAUACAGUGAUUGAUGAGUAUUCAUUUAUGUUUUUUAACCUGUGUAAAAGUCACUCAGUAUCGUCACAUACACAUUAUCUCUCUGUUUUAAUCCAUUGUGCUGUUGCGUUUCAGAUAUUGUCUGUAAUUCUCUAUUGCAAUCCUGACAAAACACUAAAUCUUUUCUGUUAUUUUAUAUACACUUUUAAAAGAAAAAGUUGACAACUUGAUAUUUCAAGGCAAGUUACUGCACUAGAUUUUUGAGUUUUGAGAACUCAAACUGUAACGUUUUGAAGCAAAUCACCUAUUGUAUACCAAAUAAUGGUCAUUUAUUUUUGGUUUUGUAAUUCAGCCGAAAAAAAAAUGAAUUCGGUUUUGGUGUUACAGAGAAAAAAAACAUUUUGGUUUAUCACUAUUUUACACUGAAUUAUAUAAUUUUGAAAUAUGAAAGUAAUUAAUUUCAUUGUACUGUUCGUACAUGUGACAAUAAAACGUAAAACUGCCA